AUGCAGGGAGAGGGAAGCAAGCUGCGAGAGCGAGUCUUCUCCAAGUUUGCGGAUUGCAAUCCUUCAGCGAUGUGGAAGAACACAGCAUGCAGGAUCGAGUCGCUCAGCUCAGCAUUGUCCAAGCCCUACACCUCUUCGCCCAAGACUUUGUCACACGAGACCAUGAGAGUUUCUCCGCAAGAGUGGGGAGUGGACGAGGUGUGCGCUUGGUUACAAGAGGAAGGGCUGCAUGAGUUCGUGGCCAUCGCUAGGGAUCAUAUCAUCACAGGGGCCGUACUCCUCUCCAUACAGGAGGAAGACCUUCGUGUGGACCCUCUAGCUUCUGCCCUCAAGGUUCUAGCACUGCGCUCCUGCCGCGCUUCCGCUGAGGAGCUUGUUUGUGAGCAGGAGGCAAGAGUAGACAAGUUCGGGAGGGUGCGGCAGUUCGUCCUAAGCAUACGAGAGCUUGUGGAUCAGCAUCGUCAGACUCUGAACCUCCUCCAUGAUCAGCCGCAGGAUAGGAGGAGCAAGUCUGCUACCAGCGCCUUCGUCGCUUCGUUGUACAAGCAUCCUCCCCUUCCUGAUGUUGUGCUGGACAAUAUUCCUGUGAUUCCAGGAGCCUUUGAGGCUUCUGAAGUUUGCAUCAUCCUUUUGGCGUCGAUCUUCGCCCUUACGUGCAUCUUUCAUAUCGCGUCCACUUUUGGAUCCACGUUGCAAGGGACCCGCACAUGCGGCGACUACAUGUUCAGCGGGCAUACCGCAAUGCUCACGAUCCUCAAUCGCUUUGUCUGCGCCUACUCCCCUCGUACCUGGACUCCCCUCCACACCUUCUCUGCAGUUCUCAACGGGUUCGGCAUGUUUUGCAUCCUUGCCGCCCACGAGCAUUACACCCUCGACGUGUUCAUGGGCUUCUACAUCGCCACCAGGACCUUUCAGUCGUACCACACAGUAGCGCAUGCGGUAGGAGACAUGGGAGGAGAUGACGGAAAGAUGGCGAGCGAGCGAGCGAGAUGUUUCGGACAACGAGGGUCUCGCGAGCACAAGGAGAUGGUUUCCCAUGGUCUCCUUCCUGGAAGAAAACUGCUCCGGUCUCUAUCCUCCCCGAAGCCUCCCCCGGCUCCCCCUUGA